ACUAAUACACCAAACCUUGACAAGUUUUUUGUGUUAGGUGCCAGUUCUUUAAAAGUUAAAACCAUCAUGCCAAGUGAUAGCGCAGAAGUAUGGGGUGGCAUAAUCACAGGUGUUGUGGCCAAAAAACAUAACAUUAAAUACGAAAAUAUUACCAAUGAUAUAAAAUAUUCCAAUA